AUGGACUAUCUGAAAGUAAGUCGCCAGGCUUCCGAGGGACGGCGCGCUGCUCGACUGUCUCGAGGCCUAAGUUGCUUUGUCGAAGGGAGUUCCAGUUUCGUCGAUGGCCACUAUCACUCUCGUGCCAGCAGCUCGGCGCCGCAGCCCAGCCCGCCAACAUCCGCUGUCAAUCUCAGAGCUAGUCCUCCCGACGUUUCGCGAGCUACCUGCACGGACGGUCGUUCUCGACGAUCCCGUAGCGCAGAUGAGCGUUCCUUCAGCUCCCUGUCCGACGGUAAAUUGGACACCGGCACGUCCUCUGAUCUAGUCACCCCCUUCUCCGACUUAGAGGCUGGGAACAGCCGCAAGAGCAUCUCGCCAGAUGAAUCGAGUUGGCUGUUUCGAAGGGCGGCCAAUCUGCUCCGCGAGAGUCUCGAGUUGAGUGGCGAUGGCGGUGUCGUCUUCUUGGAUGCUAACGGCAGUUCCUCGGAUUCCCCGUCGACGGAUAUCAAAGGCCCAGCUCCUGUCCUGGCGGUAUCAACCAACGACGAUCCGUUCGCUCCCAAAGCUGGCUCAACUGUCUCCUAUCCCGUGGCGAACAUGGAUCGGAGUUUUCUCGGCAAAUUGCUCCGGCGAUAUCCCAAGGGGAAACUCUGGUCCUUUCACCGGGACGGGUCUCUAUCUACCUCGGACGACGAUGAUUCGCAUCGUAAGGAUGUUCUCUACCACGUCACCAGGUCCGUCGAGCCCCCCAAGCUUGGUGGUGGCUGUCGGAAAUGGAAAGCAACAGAGACAGCCAUGCUCAAUCGAUAUUUUCCCAACGCAAGUCAGCUGCUUUUUGUGCCCCUGUGGAAUGCCGCCGGUUCGCAGUGGUUUGCCGGAUGCUUCUGCUGGAAUACAGUGGAAACUCAAGUCUUCAGCUCCGCGGUCGAAUUGAGCUCUGUCAUGGGCUUUGGGACCUCUAUCAUGGCCGAAUGGAGUCGCGUAAAAUCACUGAUUGCCGACCGUCAGAAAGGUGAUUUCAUCGGAUGCAUUUCGCAUGAAUUACGUAGCCCACUCCAUGGGAUACUGGCCGCUACUGAGUUGAUGGAUGGUACGAGCCUCAAUGAAUUUCAGGAUUCCCUACUGCAGACGGUCAAUGCGUGUGGCCGUACGCUGUUGGAUACGGUAAACCAGGUGUUGGAUUACAGCAAGAUAGUGUCCUUGGGUAAGAACUGGCGCCAUCUCAGGCGCAGUAGAGAGUUGCCAUCUGAAAAAGCCGACAAUAGUGGUCUGCAACUGGAUGAAUCCGUCUACACUGACGUCGCUGUCUUGACCGAGGAGGUCGUGGAAGGCGUAUGUUUAGGACAUAGGUACGGCGACCGUCCAUGCCUUUCUCUAUCCGACAACCAGCCGGUGAGCUCUCCCGCCGGAAAUAAGCGGCGCCCGAUUUGCAAUGUGAGCAGCAUUGGCGAUGAUAUAAAAAGCGACGUUGAGGUGGUGAUCGACAUUGCGUACCAUGACUGGAUUUACAAGACUCAGCCCGGUGCUUUGCGACGCAUCGUAAUGAACAUCUUUGGUAAUGCCCUCAAGUACACCGAAAAAGGCCGUGUUACUGUGAAGUUAGAAAUGGCAGAAUCGCCAAAGUCUCCUGACAGUCGCCCUUCUUCCCCACGAGAUGUGAAAGAAGAAUGGCUAACCUUGACUGUGUCGGACACCGGGAAGGGCAUCUCACCGGAGUUUCUUCGUGGUCGCCUAUAUACGCCUUUUGCACAAGAAGAUACUCUGGCCGUGGGCACCGGCCUCGGGUUAUCCAUAGUUCGAAGCAUCGUCAAAGCGCUCAACGGAACUAUCAGUAUCCAAAGCCGUCCUAAUGGGGGGACCGUUGUUAAGGUGUCAUUGCCUCUGGCUCGUCGCGGAGGCGCUGAUAGCCCGCCAACUGGUCCUCAAGGAUCAUUUGCUCGGCAAACAGAUACGUCUGCGGCCUGUCUGGUUCGGGAGCGCUUUGCAGGACGGAGUGUUGCUAUCUGGGGGGUCAACCCGGCGAAUUUGGUUGCUCAGCCCCGCUGGGGAGUGAUAGCGCAGUAUUUGAGAGUCUGGUACGGUCUUGAAUUAGUAGCGUGGUCUUCAUCAACCCCAGUUGAUAUCCUGGUGGCCGACGGGCAUGAUCUCCCUGUGAACUGGAAGGACGAUGACAGUCUUCCGGAAACUCUACCUGCCCUUCUUGUCUUGUGCAACAGAUGCGUUGAUACUACAAAGUUUCAUUUAUCACCAGUCGCAUCGUCAAUCAAUGUCCUUUGCAAUCCGUGCGGGCCAAACAAGCUGGCAAAUGGGAUCUUGAAGUGUCUAAAAGAACAGAAAGCAGAUGUUCAGCCUAUUUCUUUGUCUAGCCUGCAGUUGUGCACGCUCCCAGAGCGGCCGAAGGAUUCUGAUGUCAUAGCAGAUGAUAAAUCGGCAGCGUGCAACGUGCUGGAGCUGCUGUCGGAGAGGAACUCAGAGUCUGACCGUGACGGGUCCGCUAGUCAGACCCCUCCUUCAUCAGUUGAUGCCACAGCCAAGUCUGAAUCCACGGAAUCGUUUUUAACUGAGCCAGCGACAUCAUCUGCCUCCACCCCCUCACCUUGGAGAAGUCCUUCACCGACCUUGGAGUAUCCCAGUGCUCAGCCGCGGACACUACAGCCUCCCCGCGUACUGGUAGUGGAUGAUAAUGCGAUCAACCGCAACUUAAUGUUGACAUUCAUGAAGAGACAUGAUCACCUUGCGUUGGAUUCAGCAGAAGACGGAAAAUCAGCCGUUGAAGAAGUGGAGAGAAUGCGUCCUGGUUAUGACAUUAUUUUCAUGGAUAUAUCCAUGCCGGUCAUGGAUGGGUUUGAAGCAACACGAGCCAUUCGGUCUCUAGAGAAGGAACGCGACUGCUGCAGCCCGGCCUUCAUCAUCGCACUGACAGGCCUGAGCAGUUCGGCUGACCAGUCCGAGGCGUUAGCUUCUGGCAUCGACCUGUUUCUCACUAAACCCGUAUCUUUCAAGGAAGUAUCUCGACUUCUGAAAGAGUGGGCAGUCAAACGAGGAACCAGCCAGCGGUGA